UGGGUGGACUCUUGCCACUUGCAGAGCUCCUGUUAAGUGAAUGGAGCUCUAUGUUAGAAUCUUCCAGUGUGACACUUACUUCAGAAUUGUUUUGCAGCUGUUGUGUGAACUGAACCUGCAUAAUUUAUAGCUGUAAGAUUUGCUUCUGCUUGUCAAUUAUUAUGAGAAUUUUUCAGGAAAGAGAGAUGGAACAAUCAAGACAAGAAAAACAGAAAUGAUUGGAACAGGAUUUGUCACAGGGAAUAGGGAACCAGAUGCAGCUGAAUAAUACUGCCUGUGAAAGAAAAAUUCCAACAUGCCAAUUGCCCACUUACUGGAGCUAUGGAAAAAGAUAGAGGUGGAACCCAUGGACACAGAGCCUGCAGUGGAAGAUGCCAGUGUGGAUGAAGAACUAACAAGUGAGGAAGAAGGUAUAGUGAAGGAAAUAGACAUCAGUCAUCAUGUAAAGGAAGGUUUUGAAAAGGCAGAUCCUUCACAAUUUGAGUUGCUGAAAGUAUUAGGGCAAGGUUCCUACGGAAAGGUAUUUCUGGUGAGGAAGAUCAAAGGAUCUGAUGCUGGACAGCUUUAUGCCAUGAAGGUACUUAAGAAGGCAACUCUGAAAGUUCGGGAUCGGGUGCGAUCGAAAAUGGAGAGAGAUAUUUUGGCAGAAGUGAAUCAUCCUUUCAUAGUCAAGCUUCAUUAUGCAUUUCAAACAGAAGGAAAGUUGUAUCUAAUACUAGAUUUCCUGCGGGGAGGAGACCUUUUUACUAGACUCUCCAAAGAGGUAAUGUUUACGGAAGAGGAUGUCAAGUUCUACUUAGCUGAGCUGGCCUUGGCUUUAGAUCACCUCCAUAGUCUUGGAAUUAUUUACAGGGAUCUAAAACCAGAAAACAUCCUCCUAGAUGAAGAGGGUCACAUUAAGAUUACAGAUUUUGGCCUGAGCAAGGAGGCCAUUGACCAUGACAAGAGAGCCUAUUCAUUUUGUGGGACAAUAGAGUACAUGGCCCCAGAGGUGGUCAACCGGCGAGGACACACGCAAAGUGCAGACUGGUGGUCCUUUGGUGUGCUAAUGUUUGAGAUGCUGACAGGGUCAUUACCAUUCCAGGGAAAAGACAGAAAGGAGACAAUGGCUCUCAUUCUCAAAGCCAAGCUAGGAAUGCCUCAGUUUUUGAGCACAGAAGCCCAAAGUUUGCUGAGAGCCCUCUUCAAAAGGAACCCAUCCAACAGAUUAGGUGCUGGCCUUGAUGGAGUUGAAGAAAUUAAACGGCACCUGUUCUUUGUUACCAUAGACUGGAAUAAACUAUACAGAAAAGAAAUCAAGCCACCUUUUAAACCAGCUGUGGGACGGCCAGAAGACACUUUUCAUUUUGACCCCGAGUUCACGUCACGGACCCCUACAGACUCCCCUGGUGUUCCUCCAAGCGCCAAUGCUCAUCACCUUUUCAGAGGGUUCAGCUUCAUUGCAUCCAAUUUGGUACAGGAGCCUUCACAGCCAGAUUUGCACAAAAUCACAAUUCACCCAAUUGUGCAGCAGUUGCAUGGGAACAAUAUUCAUUUUACAGAUGGAUAUGAGAUCAAGGAAGACAUAGGUGUUGGCUCCUAUUCAGUAUGCAAAAGGUGUGUGCAUAAAACAACAGAAGCAGAAUUUGCGGUGAAGAUAAUUGAUAAAAGCAAACGAGACCCCUCUGAAGAAAUUGAGAUUCUCUUGAGGUACGGGCAACAUCCAAACAUCAUUACUCUGAAAGAUGUGUAUGAUGAUGGGAAAUAUGUGUACCUGGUUAUGGAGCUGAUGCGAGGAGGAGAACUCUUAGACCGAAUCCUUCGACAAAAGUGUUUCUCAGAGCGAGAGGCUAGUGCUGUCCUUUGCACCAUUACCAAGACUGUGGACUAUCUGCAUUCACAAGGAGUUGUGCAUAGAGAUCUGAAGCCCAGUAAUAUUCUCUACAUGGAUGAGUCAGGAAACCCAGAUUCCAUCAGGAUCUGUGACUUUGGAUUUGCCAAACAGCUGAGAGCAGAGAAUGGCCUGCUCAUGACACCUUGCUACACAGCCAACUUCGUAGCCCCUGAGGUCUUGAAACGACAAGGUUAUGAUGCUGCUUGUGACAUCUGGAGCUUAGGGAUCCUGCUGUACACCAUGUUGGCAGGAUUCACCCCUUUUGCAAAUGGACCAGAUGACACCCCAGAAGAGAUACUGGCCAGGAUUGGCAGCGGGAAGUAUGCCCUUGCAGGAGGAAACUGGGAUUCAAUAUCUGAUGCUGCCAAGGAUAUUGUGUCCAAGAUGCUUCAUGUAGAUCCUCAUCAGCGCCUAACAGCAAUCCAAGUGCUCAGACACCCGUGGAUAGUGAACAGAGAAUAUCUCUCUCAAAAUCAACUCAGCAGACAGGAUGUUCACCUGGUGAAGGGUGCAAUGGCAGCCACGUACUUUGCUUUAAACCGAACGCCUCAGGCACCAAGGCUGGAGCCUGUAUUGUCCUCGAAUCUGGCUCAGAGGAGGGGCAUGAAAAGACUUACCUCAACACGGUUAUAGCAGUGCCCAAAAAUGCCUCAUUGAAAACCUACAGUUUGUUAUCCAACAGGUUCAUCUUUAUUACUCAGUUAACAGAACUUUGGGCAACUUGCACAUGAAGUCACUGGAAUCAGCAAAGUCCAGCAUAAGGAAAAGUUAUCCUUUGCUGUUUUAUUUCUUUUACAUUUGAGCCAGGAUCCUGAAUCAGCAGCUUCUCAAAGAUGUGCCAAUUGCCCUAUUCCUUACUGACUUAAAGCCAAAUAAAAUAGGUACCCUGCCAGCCCCAGGUACUAUUUUUAGAAUCCUCAAGAUGUUCUAUGAGAACACUUAAAAAAAAAAAAAGCACUUUCCACAGUGAAAGCAAGCAGCUUGGAUUAAAAGUUUUCAACUGUGGCUAGCAUCUGCAUAACGGUGAAUUGGCUCAACCUGUCAGUAGUCUAUAUCGACUGAUCAUCAGCUGCAUUGAAGCCCAUCUCAAAGGGACUGAAGGUUGGGGAGAUAUGGUGCCAAACACCAGACUUCAAACAAAUGCUGUACAAAGUGAAGGAGAAAGAGCUCUCUCUGAUGAGCACAUCUUCAGAUUCUGAGAUGACUUGUGAGCCCUCCCACUCUCAUUUGAUGUUGGUUAAGGUAUGGAACACAGUGACAUCUCCCUUCCGAGGAGGUGUCGGAAGCCGUAACGCAGAUUUGGCACAGAACUCUAGGAACUGCAGUCUUCAAAAAGGAUUGUUAGGUUUCAUGUCACUGAGGAGUUCAGAUGCAUGUCCAAGAAUAUAAUAAGUAGGGUUGGAUCUUGUGGCUCAGAGAGGAAGUAUGCAGACCUGAGAAAACAAACUGGGGUUGGUUGGUGGGAUAGAGCCAGGAAAAGACAUGGGAGACUCCGAGGAAGGGUAUUGGUAGAAGGAAGUAGCUUGGACAUGACAAGUAAGAGGGGUGUUAGUUGGGGGAGGGGGGAGGAACUAGAUCUUUCAGCAAGGGUAGCAGGAAAUCCCUUACUGAACAGUUGAUUUAGCCCCAGCUGGAUUCAACAAUCCAUUAGUAUAUCUCCCUCUAGGCCUUUUCCUAGGUCUCUUCCACCAGCCCUCCUGUUCAUUUCCUAAGUCUGCUACUCUGGACAGAUCAACCUUAAAGCAUUUCUCCACUCCUCUAGGAUCCCCCUUACAUAGUCUUGGCUUGUCACCUGUCACACUCCUAUAGACACAAGACACACACCAGUUCCUCCCUGGUUCCCUGCUUUUAAAGAACCAAGCCUAUUAUGCCUAGGCUCACAGUACUCUAAAGAAGCCACCUGAUUCUUAGAAGGUAUUAUAAUAUUAAUGCAGGACACUCUGCUAUACAAGACAAAUCAAUCAUGUUCUGCUAUCUUGGUUUUCCAGGUAAAGGGAAAGAAAACCACCCAAAAAGUCUUAGUAAAACAAAUCUUUUGCAUUUCCUGACUUCAAAAGAAAAUGGGCAAGGUUUGUAAUGCUGGACUUCAGACUUUUUUUAUUCCUUUUCUUAUCCAUGUUGAUUCUCGGUCACAAGUUGGCCAGGGUUGUUAAUUUAUAGUGCUUCUGUUAAUUUUUGGUUUUCAAGUGAAUUUCAUCACUUCACAUGCUUUGCAGGAGCAAACAAGAUUCUAUGUUGGCUUUUAUUUUCUGUCGCAAAAGGUUAAAAGAAAAAAUGUGAACAUGGAGCUUUAUAUCCUAGAAGUGGUGAUUAUUUUGCUGGGUAGCUACCCUGCGCAUCUUAAGACUCAACUGGACUGAGCAGAUUCACACUCUUUGCAGCAGUGUGUCCAGGGGAACAAGGAGCUGCAUUAACUACAGCAAUGCGCUUCCUAGAAUUACAUUUUCCACUGGCGUUCUGAAUUGUUUGUUUGUAUUAGUCUAUUUUAAAAUUUAUAAACUUAAUUUAAAAUCAAUAUUUAAUGUUUUAUGUGCUGUGCACACGGGACUGCAUCAAAGCAGCUCUCCUUGAAGCUGUAUUUUUUUUUUUUUUUAGAAUAAAACAAUGCUGUGA